AUGUCACAGCUGCUUCUGUUCAUUGUGGCUCUCCUGGUCCUGGGUCAUGUGCCCCCAGGGAGAAGUGAAUUCAAACGGUGCUGGAAGGGCCAAGGGGCCUGCCGCAAUUACUGUAGCCGGCUAGAAUCGUACAUGCACCUGUGCCCCGAUGCCUCUCUCUGCUGUCUUCCCUACGUACUCAAGCCUCCACCGGCCCCCAAGGGUGACUAUACUUCCUAG